AUGAUCUUCACCGGCAACAAUCCGAAAAUGUUCGAGGAGUUCAAAAAGAAUAUGAUCAAGGAGUUCGAGAUGACUGACAUUGGAGAAAUGUCAUACUUUCUUGGAGUAGAAGUGUCGCAAUCAGAGAAAGGAAUCUUCAUCUCUCAGAAGAAGUAUGCAAAGGAUAUCCUUCAGAAGUUCAACAUGAGCAACUGCAAUCCAGUCGCAACUCCUGCAGAAGUCGGAGUGAAGCUGAGGCGAGACACACCAGGAAGCUAUAUUGAUCCAACUCUAUACAAGAGUUUAGUCGGGAGCUUGCGCUACCUAACCAUCACCAGGCCCGACAUAGUGUUCGCGGUAGGACUGGUGAGCAGAUAUAUGGAGGAGCCAAGACAGGAGCAUUUCAAAGCAGCCAAGAGAAUUCUUAGGUAUGUCCGAGGAAGUAUUGAUCAAGGAUUAUUUUAUACACAGUGUGCAGAUUCAAGAUUAGUCGGCUACACCGACAGCGAUUAUGGUGGAGAUUUAGAUGAAAGAAAGAGCACAUCUGGCUACAUGUUCAAUAUCGGAUCAGCAACAUUCUCAUGGUCAUCAAAGAAGCAGUCUGUCGUCGCUCUAUCAAGUUGCGAAGCAGAAUACAUAGCAGCAUCGACAUGUGCGUGUCAAGCAAUAUGGCUCAGGAGUCUGAUGAAGGAAUUGCAACACCAACAAGAAGCACCGACAGAGAUUCUCAUAGCGCUCAUGCAUCUCCGACACGGGGACCCCGCCGAGUCUGCGGGAUGCCGAGGCCUGGAAAGCCCAGACACCCAAGAUCAGCAAGCUCAUGAGCCGUAG